AUGGGUAAGACUACAGAUGGACCACCCGACGGAUCCAGUAGCGGGCGUAAUCAGCGUCAGCAUAGUGCGGAGCACGACACAAAGAAGCAGUCGACGUGCAAGCGCAGGAGUGAGUCGUCUUUGACUCAACCCGAUAGCAGUACUUCUCGCUCAACACCAAACAAAGGCAUGCUGGAACAAAUACCAUUUGUCCCUGGAGCUGGAUCAGAUGUGGCUCUCUUGGUAAUUAUCGACUUUACAAAAUCAAGUGAAAAGCUAUUCAACGCGGUAAUUGAUUAUGUGGUUAACAUUUCCGAAUAUAUGCCGAAGGCGAAAAUCGGAAUAGUGAUGAUUAGUUGCCCUUCGAAGACCCUUCUUGAAAUGGGAAUCUAUACGGAGCCAGAAAUAAGAAGUACAGUGACUGCACCCGCAGAACCGUUGAAGGAGAAAGGAACAGCUCAAGCUCUCGAGUUGGGUAAAAAGCUUCUUGAG